CGUUACGGAGCAUACCCGCUAGAGAGUAUUAAAAUGUCCGGACGCGGGAAGCAGGGCGGCAAGGCGCGCGCCAAGGCCAAGACGCGCUCGUCGCGGGCGGGUCUGCAGUUCCCGGUGGGCCGCGUGCACCGCCUGCUCCGCAAGGGCAACUACUCGGAGCGGGUCGGGGCUGGCGCGCCCGUGUACCUGGCGGCCGUGCUCGAGUACCUGACGGCCGAGAUCCUGGAGCUGGCGGGCAACGCGGCGCGCGACAACAAGAAGACGCGCAUCAUCCCGCGCCACCUGCAGCUGGCCAUCCGCAACGACGAGGAGCUCAACAAGCUGCUGGGCCGCGUCACCAUCGCGCAGGGCGGCGUGCUGCCCAACAUCCAGGCCGUGCUGCUGCCCAAGAAGACUGAGAGCCAUCAUAAGGCCAAGAGCAAGUCCGCCGCCUUGCUAUAAAAGAUCUGCUUGGCG